AUGCCCCAGUCUGAAGCUGAAGCGCGGUCAGAGGUAAUUUCUAAUAUUACUUAUAUCCAAGACACCAGCUUCUGUGUGGCCGCAAUCGCAACAAUUGUCGUAUACGACUGCAUAAUCAAUCUGGACAGAGAGCAUUAUGAGCCAUAUUCACACCGUUUAGUGUCGCUACCUUUCUGUAGCCAUGAUUAUAUUUGCCAUCCUAAUAACCACCACGUUUUCACUGUCUUCGAUGGCACCGCCAUUAGCCAAACCUACACAUGGUCAAGCUUCGUUCUAACCGUUGCUACUAAUCUCUAUUCAACGCCUUGGGUUCUAUUAGACUCCAUUGAAUCAACAGCUAUUAUGGUUCUCCGUAUCCACGCAAUGUUCCAUAAAUCAAAGGCCAUCCUUGCCCUCCUUCUCGUGGCCUUCCUUGCCAUGGACGUCUUCAACAUCAUCGGAAUUAUACCUAGCACGGAGCACCGAGGGCAUGCUGAAAACGUUCUGCUCAUGUGGGAUUGGCAUUUUUCGGGUACUACCAACAUGCUGCAGAACGGAAGAGAUAUCUGGGCAUCUGGGUGCAGCACCGUCACACUCACAGCCGGCUACUUCAGUGAAACUCAGCUGACAUUAUUAGCAUUCGGUCCCACCCUUGUUAGCUUGCAGAGCUAUAUUCUUGCACCACGUCUGCUACUCAGUUUCCGUGGAUACCAUUCUAGACCCACGCACUCUCGGGGUAGCUCCGCCGACAACGCAUUCGGCAUCAGUACCUACGCUUCAACUGACAAAGAUUUUUCGCUUCCCUACUACCCAGCAAGUCUUAGCCACGAUAGUAGAGCAUCAUCGCGCAUUGGGAUUAGAACUUGGGAUGCGAUGACAGGUUAG